AUCUUCCUGAUUGUUUAAAUGCAGUGGGAGUCAUCUCCCUGAAGUUAAUAAAUCCAGAGGUCACUUUCCUCAAACAAAUUGGUCGAAACAUGCCAAGGCUUUUGAGUGUAUACCAUCCUUGAAUAAGUUUAUGGGCUCCAAUUUCCUUUACUCUCUAGAAAGUCAAAAGCUGGGAAGAGAUAGAGAAAUGGCUGCAAGGUCUAUUGAAAACAUCGCUCCUGUAACUGUGCAAACUUUGGCACGACCAGAAAUUGAAAAGGCGUGGUGUACUCUUAUAAAUCUCUCAAUAAAUAAUACUUACCUGAGACCUGGCAUUACUCCUGCAAUUGUUGAUGGCAGCACUGAUCGUUCAUCAUCUACGAAAGGAUCCACUGUUAAAGUUACAUCCAGUGCUGAUGGAUCUUUCUAUGCACACAAUCAUCCAGAGCAUAGUCAAAGGAGUGUAAGAGGCACUGCAAAAUCAUUUGACAGUUUCUCAUCCUCUUCCGUAGGUGAUAAUAAAAUAACUAUUGGCAAGGUUCCACGGGUCAAUGAUGAGGUUAGAGAUUCAGUAACUGGUUGUAAAUAUACAAAUGGUAUGGAGAUGCCACCAAUCAAAAAUUCCGCACACCUAGCCAGACCGGUGGAGCCUAGGGAAGCUAGUCUUGGUGAGAUUGAUUAUGAUGACAUAAUGGAGAUUAUUGACGUGGAUCAGAUUGUGAUGGACCACUGCCCUUCAACGUGUACCAAGCAACCAUCAGUAUCUAAGUUUGUGGAUAUAUUUGCUUCCAGAAGAGAAGAAGAGCAAGGUUUGCCUCCUGAAUUAUGUUCCAACUGUAGUCAUGGAAUAAAGCUAGGGCUUUGUCCUGAAGCUUCUGCCCAUGUGGAACAAAUGAAGGAUACGCUGCUUGCAAUAUCAAAUGAAAUCCUCGACAAUACUUAUGACCUGGGCCCUGAUCAUGUUGAACAGCUUCGUCAAAAAAGGUUACUGUUGAAAAAGCAAAUCCAGCAGCUCGAGAUCCUUAUCCAAAAUAAAGAAAGGAAAAAAUCUCAGUGUUUGACAGAUUCUCCUGACAAAUCAUGUGGUGGUUUAUGCCCAGCAGCGGAAGGCAGAUAUGUAACUGAUAACUGGAAUAUGCCAAGAGACUAUUUAGUUUCUAAAGAGAGGUAUGAUAUUUCAUCUGGUUCUGUAGAGAGGGAACAAUCUGUUUCCGAGGUUAUAGAUGUCACUGAUACCGAGAGUUCAAAUGACAAAAAGUGGACCAGUCGUGAUUUGCCUUGGACGAAAAAUCUGGAGGUCUAUAACAAAAUAGUGUUUGGAAACAACUCAUUUCGACCCAACCAAAGAGAGAUCAUUAAUGCUACAAUGAGUGGUUGUGAUGUUUUUGUUUUGAUGCCAACCGGAGGGGGGAAAAGCUUGACAUAUCAGCUCCCUGCUCUACUCUGUGCAGGAAUAACAUUAGUCAUUUCUCCGCUUGUUUCACUCAUUCAAGACCAGAUAAUGAACUUAUUGCAGACCAAUAUAUCUGCUGCUUCCUUAAGUGCCGGAAUGGAGUGGGCUGAACAACUAGAGAUACUUCAGGAGCUGAGCUCUGAGAAUUCUAAAUACAAGUUACUAAGUGAAUCCCUUUUAAGGCACCUCGAAAUCUUAAACUCCCGUAGUUUGCUUGCUCGAUUUGUUAUUGAUGAAGCUCAUUGUGUGAGUCAGUGGGGGCAUGACUUUCGACCAGACUACCAGGGUCUUGGUGUUCUGAAGCAGAAGUUUCCUAACAUUCCCAUGUUAGCUUUAACAGCUACUGCAACAGCCAGCGUAAAAGAAGAUGUUGUACAAGCUCUCGGGCUGGUAAACUGUGUUGUUUUCCGGCAAAGUUUUAAUCGCCCUAAUCUAUGGUAUUCUGUUGUUCCCAAGACAAAUAAGUGUCUGGAAGAUAUUGACAAGUUUAUCCGGGAAAACCAUUUUGAUGAAUGUGGCAUCAUUUAUUGUCUUUCAAGAAUGGACUGCGAAAAAGUCACGGAAACGUUGCGGGCGUUUGGCCAUAAAGCGGCCUUCUACCAUGGCAGUAUGGAUCCUGGUAAACGUGCCUUUGUACAGAAACAAUGGAGCAAGGAUGAAAUCAAUAUAAUAUGUGCUACAGUGGCAUUUGGAAUGGGAAUCAAUAAGCCUGAUGUUCGUUUUGUAAUUCAUCAUUCUCUACCAAAGUCCAUUGAAGGCUAUCAUCAGGAAUGUGGUCGUGCUGGUAGAGACGGCCAGAGGUCAUCAUGUGUUUUGUAUUACAGUUACACUGAUUAUAUUCGAGUGAAGCAUAUGAUUAGCCAAGGAGGACUUGGCCAAGGCCAGAUGAAAAUGGGAUAUAAUUGUAAAGCAAGUUCAGGGAGGAUGCUCGAAACGAACACGGAAAACCUUCUCCGCAUGGUUAGUUACUGUGAAAAUGAGGUGGAUUGUCGACGUUUCUUACAGCUAGUUCAUUUGGGAGAAAAAUUUGAUUCAACAAACUGCAAAAACACAUGUGAUAAUUGUUCCAGCAGCAAAAUAUUGAUUGACAAAGAUGUAACUGUGAUUGCUAGGCAACUGGUGGAACUGGUUAAGCUAACAGGAGAAAGGUUUUCGUCAGCUCAUAUUGUAGAAGUCUACAGGGGAUCCUUAAACCAGUCGGUCAAGAGAAACAGACAAGAGACUUUGCACCUCCACGGAGCAGGAAAGCAUUUAACUAAAAGUGAAGCCUCUCGUAUUUUGCACUAUCUUGUGACAGAGGAUAUUCUGGCAGAGGGUGUUAGAAAAAGUGAUCUGUAUGGAUCUGUAUCGUCAUUGCUGAAGGUGAAUAGAUCAAAGGCUGCCUCGCUCUUAUCUGGAGGCCAGAGUAUAACGAUGAGGUUUCCUUCGACCAUAAAAGCAUCAAAGCCGAGCAAAUCCAUAGCAAAAGUUACACUAAAGCAAACUACUCUUCCAAUGGCAAAAGCUGCCCCACAAGAUUCGAAUCUCUCCCACAUUUUGUUGACAGCCUUGAAAAAGCUUCGUUCUGAUAUUGUCAAAGAAUCCUCAGAUGGAGUCAUGGCAUAUCAUAUAUUCGGCAAAGCGACGCUUGAGCAGAUAAGUAAACGACUUCCCAGAAACAAAGAGGAACUCCUUGAUAUCAAUGGUCUAGGAAAAGCCAAGGUGAGCAAAUACGGAGAUCGGUUAUUGGAAACCAUAUAUUCAACCAUCAACGACCACUACAAAACCGGUCCCGGUUCAGGGAAGAGGAGAAGAGACGAGAACAUUUGCCCGAAUGUAGCAGACAAUGAUGAUCCCGACUGGACUGCGAGUCAGUCCCACAAAAAGGCAGUGAAGAACAAAAAUUUCAAUAUGGGAGGCACAAAACGAAAGAUAGAGAUUAAGCCUAUCGAAAACAAGAACAUGAGAUCAGUUGCUUUCACAAAACGCAGAAACGGUCUCUUCCGCAAAGCUUCAGAGCUCUGUCUCCUCUCUCCCGGCACUCAAAUAGCAAUCUUAGCGACUCCUCUUUCUUCCAACUCUCAUGCUUCUUUCUACUCUUUUGGUCAUUCCUCUGUCGAUCACGUUGUCUCCUCUCUCCUUCACAAUCAGCCUCCUCUUCCGACAAACCAAGAGAACAACAGAUCAGGGCUAGGGUUUUGGUGGGAAGACCAAGCCUUUGACAGAUUGGAGAACGUUGACGAGUUGAAAGAGGCGAUCGACGCGGUUUCGAGGAUGUUGAACAAUGUGAGGUUACGAUUAGAUGAUGCCGUGAAGAGCAAUCAAAGAGAUGGAAGUUUAGUGAUUAAUCAGGCAGGGAAGGAGGUUCUUCAGCUUAGCAACGAAGACACAAAUGAAAUUACCAAAUUCGAAGGUGAAACUUCUGCUUCUGCAAGUUUGUUAAAGAACAUGGAGGAUAAUCUACACAUCGAUGAUUGUUUUUACUGAUUUCAACAUUGAUCCUUUGAUUUGACCAACUAUACUUGAUUUAUCAUCAUGUCCUGUUUAGUCUACUAUCUAAUCUAGUGGUGCAUUGUUUUUUGGAUUUUUUUGGUGUUUUGGUUUAGAUAAAAAGCUACUAAUUGUAACAGUUCAAUGAAAAUUUUCAUUUUUA